CUCCAGAGAUAAUUAAGAAACAACUAAUGGUAGCAACUAGUUCUAAAAACCAAGUAUUAAUAGGCAGAGUAUACAAAAACCCAAGGAAGUUAGAUACUACAAUUCCUAUUAGACAUUAUGUAACAGAUGUGAUGGAUGAUAUUAGAGGUUCUCCUAUAGCACCUUGUGAUGGAUGUGAAUUUAAUGAGGUACGAACCAAGGGACUUAUUACACAAGAUAAAGGUGAAAAAUUGAAGGGAUGUAUAUUUGAUGUAAAUAUGGAUGACAUAUAUACUUUACCAUGUCAGAAAUCAGUGGUAUCCCUCAGUAACAAAAACGAUCGUAGACAACGUAACAGAUUAUUAUUAUCACCUUUUUCAAUGAACACAUUUAUUAAACAAAGUAAAUCUUUGGAACAAGAAAAUACAAUUCAAGAUAUAACACCUAGCAACAAAAUAUGUAGUAUAAAUGAACAACAAUUAAGAGAUAGAAAAGCUUUGUUCAAAUGGAAUAACGAAAACAUUGAUACCUCCAUUAAAGAAUUUAUAAAGAAAAAAUCAGAAAUCAAAUGGCUAGUAAAAUGGCGUACACAAUAUCGUACUAAUAAAUGGGCAAAUCAAUAUAUAAUUAACUCCACUGAUUGGAUAUCCACAUGGGAAUUCAUACAUGAUACCAAAAUAGUAUCAAAUUAUACUAGCACUGAAGAUCAAAAAUAUCAUUCAUUUAACAUUAAAAUAUUAAAUGAUGAAUUACCUGUAAUGAAUAAUUUAAAUCAAAGAAAACCUACAGUGUAUACAACUAACAAAUGUCCCUUUUGUAAAACUCGGAUAGAGGAUUCAAUACACCCCUUUUUAUGUGGAGAGCAAGCAGAAAAGACAAAAUCGAAAUUCGAAAGUAGCCUAUUAGAUACAAUACUGGAUCACAAGGGUAGAGAGAUGGCUGACAAAGUAAAACAUGACCUAAAUAACUUUACGGUCUUCAAACUAGACAUUCCUCGACAAAUUAAUGGAACUUCUCCAACUGACACAUUUGGAUUAAUGGAUUGUAUUCGAGGUUUAGUUCCGGUUACCUUAAAAAACCUAUUAAGGAAAAAUGGAG